AUGUCGUCUACCUUUAAGCCUCAUGAAACGGAGACAUGCUCCAAACUGGUGGACGGAUCAAUGCAACCAGUUGGAGCAGUCAGAAAUUUCAUUCUCAAGAGGAGGUCCAUUAUCGAGUCUUACGGCGGCGAGAUCUUUGGAAUAGGUGUUGAAGAUACGACGCCAUUGCGCGGUUUCUGGAGCUCCCAAACAACUCUCAUUAUUUUGUCCUUUGACGACGUAAAAGGUGCAAACGACCUCUUCCAGAUCCUUCAUCUAAAAACUGAGUUUCCACAGCACGUAGAAUACUUUACAGUAAACCUUAGCUAUCCAACAAAGCACGUCAAGGACUACCCACUUAUAGAGAUCAGCUUCUACGAUGUUCGCUACGUUCAACGUUUCAAUUGGUUCAUUUAUCAACUCCCUGAAUUAGCAUGUAAACACAAUGGAUACCUAGUCGCCGGCACUCCAAAAAUAAUUCAGAAAUUAGGCAUGUCGCAACCGAAUUACUGCUCUAUUACUCAGUGGAAGACUGUCCAAGAAUUCAAGUACUUUCGUGAACAAGGUAGGUCGAUGUCAAAAAAACCUCAACUUUUAGCUAUAUGCUUAUUUGAGCAGUCACAAUCUGCUUGCCUCACAGAAGCCCUCGUGAAAUUGGACGUUGGAACAUGUGGUCCCUUCUGUAGUUAA